GAGCUCCAUAAAAGGGCAGUGGCGACCCGCUCUGUGCACCGGUCCCUCGGAUUCACCCCUCGCCGAGGCGCCCACCACAGAGCACUCGCCGCCCACCCCGCCAAGAUGCUAGGUAGCAAGCGAAUGGGGCUGUCCGGACUGACCAUCGUUCUGUCCCUGCUCGUGUGCUUGGGCGUGCUGGCUGAGGCAUACCCCUCCAAGCCGGACAACCCUGGGGAGGACGCGCCUGCAGAGGACAUGGCCAGAUACUACUCUGCGCUGCGACACUACAUCAACCUCAUCACCAGGCAGAGAUAUGGCAAGCGAUCCAGCCCUGAGACACUGAUUUCAGACCUCUUAAUGAGAGAAAGCACAGAAAAUGUGCCCAGAACUAGGCUUGAAGACCCUUCCAUGUGGUGAUGGGAAGUGAAUGAAACUUGCUCUCUGAAAUUUUCCCAUUUUCCACCCAUAUCUCAUCUCAUCCUGUGAAACUGUCUACCUGUCCUGCUAAUGCAUGCAGCCACCAGGCUGAGCUGUGCACCAUUUCCCUUUGUUGUCAUUGUAUAUACGUGUGUUUAAAUAAAGUAUCAUGCAUUCAAAAGUG